GAGAAUACAAGUUUAGAAAGUCCAAAACAACACCAGCAAACAACGUACGGGUAAACGUCGUACGGGCAAACAAAGCUGCCCACGGGGAAAGUGUUUUCGCGACCAAUAAUUGCCACCGUCCCGUUCACAGUGAACAGUGAAAAGCCCGGAAAAGCGGACGAAUACGGUUAGGUAAUACGAACCGACAGCGGGAUCUGUGAAGUAGCAAAAGAAAGUGCUGAUUGGUGGACAUAGAGCAAAAGCAUGGAUUACACAAAUUUUCCCAACCUGACCAGCGUUUAUUCACCCAACCGUGAGGCGUGUCUGGUGCUGAAUAAGACCAAAAUUUUGAUCAACCUGUACGAAGGCAUCCCGGAAACGUUGCUGUUGAACGUGAUAGCGUGGUUUUUCCUGAUACUGCUGUUCACAUUGCUGCGCCAGCAAGCCUGGGACUAUGGGCGGUUAGCUCUGGUGAACAGCCACGGAGAGAACAAACGGUGGACGCAACUGUUCUAUGCCCAUGGCAAUGUGCCCGGAGGUGUUGGUGGUGGUGGUGGUGGCGGCGGCGGCGGAUCGUCUGAAACGUCGGACACACUCAACAGUCUCAGCAUUGAUCGGGGCUGUUUCUCCUGGAUAGUGGCCACUUUUCGGCUAACGAAAGAGCAAAUACUUACCCAUAGUGGUCCGGAUGCGGUGCACUAUCUAUCGUUUCAGCGGCAUCUCAUCGUGGUGAUGGGCAUCAUGACGGUGAUCUCCAUAGCCAUCAUACUGCCGAUCAACUUUUCCGGCACGCUGAGUGGCGAUAAGAACUCGUUCGGGCACACGACCAUUUCGAACCUGGAGCCCGAUUCACCGUCGAUGUGGGCACACGUCGUGUUUGCCAUCGCGUACGUACCGAUGGUAGUGUUGAUUAUGCGCCGGGCUUCGGGUCGAAACGCGUUCAAAACCGCGCCGACGCGCACGAUUAUGGCCACCAAUAUUUCGCAGAGCGAUUGCAGCAAACCCAUCAUUCGCACGUACCUGCAGCAACUGUUUCCGGACGUGUCGAUCGAGGACAUUCAGCUGGCGUACAAUAUAUCGAGCUUGAUCAAAGCGGCCGAGGAGUACGAGCGGACGGUCGAGGCAAGGAUAUACUGCGAAGCGCACCGGAAUCGAGACGCGCUGCAGGCUCAGCCGUCCUGCUUCAGCUGCGAGAAGGUUGACGCCUUGGAGUACUACAAAGAUCAUGAGGCGCAACUGGCUGGCGAGGUAGCGCGGUUGCGUGCAUCGGCCCUGAACGAGCCGCUUGGUAUUGCGUUCGUGACGCUCAACUCGGCCCACGAGGCGCAGCACAUGAUGCUGCACUUUAAGCCUGGGACGUACCGCGAGUGGAACCUUUCGUUUGCCCCGGCACCGUCGGACAUCUUUUGGGAAAAUCUCAACAUCGAUACCGCGCAGUGGUACUGCAAGUGGGCGACGGUCAACUUUGCGCUGUUUCUGUUCCUCUUCUUCCUCACCACGCCCGUCAUCAUCGUGAACCAGCUCGACACGCUAUCGCUAACGAAAAACACCACAUCGCAGAUCAGCAAGAUCAGUCCGCUCGUGUCGGAGUUUUUGCCCACGCUGCUGCUGUGGUCGCUGUCCGCCCUGAUGCCGGUGAUUGUCGCCUACUCGGACACGUGGUUGUCGCACUGGACGCGCUCGCGCCAAAACUAUCUGAUCAUGACGAAAACCUUCGGCUAUCUGCUGUUCAUGAUUUUAAUCCUGCCUUCACUCGGGCUGACAAGCGCCCAGGCGUUGCUGCAGUGGACGAUCGAGUCGAACGACACGUACCGCUGGGAGUGUAUCUUUCUGCCGGACAAGGGUGCGUUCUUCGUGAACUAUAUCAUCACCGCCGCCUUCAUCGGCACGGCCCUGGAGCUGAUCCGCUUUCCCGAUCUGAUCUGCUAUCUGUGGAAACUAGCGACGGCGAAAUCGCGGGCCGAAACACCGUACAUUCGCAAAUCGAUCCUGAUUACGUUCCCGUUCGGCAUCCACUACGCCUGGAUGGUGAUGGUGUUUACCACCAGCACGGUCUACAGCCUUGCCUGCCCGCUAAUCAUGCCGUUCGCCAUGACGUACAUCACGCUGAAACAUUUCGUCGACAAGCAUAAUCUCUUUUUCGCGUUCGCCCCGUCAAACAUGAUCAGCCAGGGCAGUGGUGGUAAGAUUCACAGUACCGCCGUUACUAUGACCAAGUUUUCCGUCGUCCUGCUGCUGAUCAUUAUGGCUGCGUUGGCCGUGGUGCGCACCGGGCAGGUUGAGUUGCGUGCCGUUGUGCUUAUCCUGGCACUGUGCGUCACGCUUGUCAUGUUCGCCUGCAUGUCGCCGAUUAAGCGGUGCACCACGUCACCGCUACGCAUAGUGGAAAUGGAUGGCCCGGCUCCGAUCUACGUGGCGGAUGUGCUGAUCAACCGUCGCAUGGUUUCGGACAGCCCGUCCCAUCUCAGCUACGGGUCCGACACGACCAUGAACAUUGUGAUGAAUGAUGCUGGCGUCAGUACAGAGAAAAUGCCGUCUGCAAUUGGAAUCGACUUGGGCACGACCUACUCGUGCGUAGGAGUGUUUCAGCACGGAAAGGUGGAAAUCAUUGCCAACGACCAGGGCAACAGGACGACCCCGAGCUAUGUUGCAUUUUCGGACACGGAGCGGCUCAUCGGCGACGCGGCCAAGAACCAGGUGGCCAUGAACCCCACCAACACAGUGUUCGAUGCGAAGCGGUUGAUCGGACGCCGGUAUGACGACCCCAAGAUUCAGGCCGAUCUGAAGCACUGGCCGUUCACGGUGGUGAACGACUGCGGCAAGCCAAAGAUCCAGGUGGAGUUCAAAGGAGAACGCAAGACGUUCGCCCCAGAGGAGGUCAGCUCGAUGGUGCUGACGAAGAUGAGGGAGACGGCCGAGGCGUACCUGGGCCACUCGGUGAAGAACGCGGUCAUCACAGUUCCGGCCUACUUCAACGACAGCCAGCGACAGGCGACGAAAGACGCCGGUGCCAUCGCGGGUCUGAAUGUGAUGCGCAUCAUCAACGAGCCGACGGCGGCCGCGUUGGCGUACGGCUUGGACAAGAACCUGAAGGGUGAGCGCAAUGUGCUGAUAUUCGACCUGGGCGGCGGAACGUUCGACGUAUCGAUUCUGACCAUCGACGAGGGCUCGCUGUUCGAGGUGCGAGCCACUGCCGGCGACACACAUCUGGGAGGCGAAGACUUCGACAAUCGGAUGGUGGCCCACUUCGUGGAGGAGUUCAAGCGCAAGUUCAAGAAGGACCUUUCCAAGAAUGCCCGAGCGCUGCGACGCCUGAGGACGGCUUGCGAGAGAGCGAAGCGAACGCUGUCGUCCAGCACGGAGGCAACGAUCGAGAUCGACGCGCUGAUGGAUGGCAUCGACUACUACACGAAAAUCAGCCGUGCACGCUUCGAGGAGCUGUGCUCGGAUCUGUUCCGCUCCACGCUGCAGCCGGUGGAGAAGGCCCUGGCGGACGCAAAGAUGGACAAGAGCUCGAUUCACGACAUCGUCCUGGUGGGCGGCUCCACCCGCAUUCCGAAGGUGCAGUCGCUGUUGCAGAACUUCUUCUGCGGCAAACCCUUGAACCUGUCGAUCAACCCGGACGAGGCGGUCGCCUACGGUGCGGCAGUCCAGGCGGCCAUUCUUAGCGGCGACAAGGACGAAAAGAUCCAGGACGUACUGUUGGUGGAUGUGGCCCCACUGUCGCUGGGAAUCGAAACGGCCGGCGGAGUGAUGACGAAGCUAAUCGAGCGGAACUCGCGCAUCCCGUGCAAGCAAACGCAGACCUUCUCGACCUACGCCGACAACCAGCCGGGCGUGUCGAUCCAGGUGUUUGAGGGCGAACGGGCAAUGACGAAGGACAACAAUCUGCUGGGCCAGUUUGACCUGUCGGGCAUUCCGCCGGCACCGCGCGGCGUGCCAAAGAUCGAGGUAACGUUCGACCUGGAUGCCAACGGCAUUCUGAACGUGUCGGCGAAGGAGAUGAGCACUGGCAAGGAGAAAAACAUCACGAUCAAGAACGACAAGGGCCGCUUGUCGCAGGCCGACAUCGAUCGUAUGCUGGCCGAGGCGGAGAAGUUCCGCGAGGAGGACGAGAAGCAGCGAGAGCGGGUCGCCGCUCGCAACCAGCUAGAGGCGUACUGCUUCAGCCUGAAGCAGUCGCUCGAGUCAGCCGGAUCGAAGCUGAGCGAAAGCGAUCGCAAAACGGUGGAGGACCGGUGCAACGAGACUCUGCGCUGGAUCGAUGGCAACAGUAUGGCCGAGAAGGAAGAGUACGAUCACAAGAUGCAGGAGCUUACGCGAGCCUGCAGUCCGAUCAUGACGAAGCUCCAUCAGCAAUCGGGAGCAGCAGGUCCAGCUCCGACCAGCUGUGGUCAGCAAGCGGGCGGGUUCGGCGGACGCUCGGGACCGACAGUGGAGGAAGUGGACUAAGCAGAAGAAGAGCCGACUGGCAGCUUUGAUGCUGGCAAAAGGCGUACCAGAAGACUGUGUUAAUAGCUGUACAUAAAUGUGAACAUCUCA